AUGAUGGUUGGGGGUGCGAAUGGUAGAAAUGCAAUAGUUCUUGAUGUGUUGCAUUCAUUUGGCUUCCAGCACUAUCAGUUCCAGGAUGCUAACUUCAGGUAUCUGGAUGAAAACAAAUCACUGAUUCUGAAGAUUGUUGAGAGCCAGAACUCAGGGAAACUGAGUGAGUGCGCCGAGAACCAAGCCAGGCUUCAGCGAAACCUAAUGUACCUUGCUGCUAUUGCUGAUUCUCAACCUCAACCACCUACAAUGCAUUCUCAG